UUGUUUGCGACAUAACGGAACGACUGACGGCAAUAUGUGCAAGUGAACUAUGCACUACUCAGAGGACAAACAGAAAGGAGACAGCUCUUUAUUAUCGUGGUAUUUAAGUAAAACCACCAACAGCAUAACCAGCAAGUGCAAAAAGGAGCCUUUGUUUCUGACAUGGCCAACCCCUUAAAGGGUGAGGUUAUCAGGCUGUACAAAAAUCUGCUGUAUCUCGGUCGUGAGUACCCGAAGGGAUCCGUCUAUUUCAGAGAGCGUCUGAAAUCAGCCUUCAUGAAGAACAAAGACGUGACAGAUCCCGAGCAGAUCAAGAAGCUGGUGGCUCGAGGAGACUUUGUCAUCAAGGAAUUGGAGGCUCUCUAUUUCCUCAGGAAGUACAGGGCCAUAAAGAAGAGAUAUUAUGAACCUGAAGAAUAACCACACACAGCGUCAGAUCAUCUUUUCGAAAUGGAAUACACACAAAGGGAACAGUUACCCACAGUGCACUCUGUGUGUCAGUAUUGUAUACUUACUGAGCCCUUCACUUACACACCACUUGCAGAAAUCCAAACAGCUGCUCUUCUGGCUCACAGGUGAGAUGGAAAAGGGUUAGGGUUAUUGGAAUAGCAAUUACAGAAAGUGCUUUGUAUUUUUAUACCAAAAUAAUGAACUUCAAGACCAGUAUUUCAAAUCCCAAAUAUUGUAAUAUGCUAGUUUGUUAGAUUUUCUGUCAGAAAUGGUCUGGUUUGGCAGGUUUAAAGUGUUGUACUAGUAAACAUUUCAUCAGAGGGGUGGACUAUGAAGUGAGAUGGACGAGUUUGUGUGUUAAGUUGUCAGUGUCACAAAGGUGGCUAUCAUUUACAGCUGUCUAGAUCACCAUGGCAACUUCACCAGAGGAGGUUGUGUUUGCAGCAUCACCUUUCACCAAUUGUUUUUCCUGACCAUAUUGUCAAUGAGCAAAAUUGAUUAUCAGCUCAGGGAAUACAUUAUAUCUGCAACCCUGUUAGUGAUGCCACUGACUGAAGCCAUGCAGUUGCAGUUGCUCAAACUGUUGCUAUGGAAACCUACAUGAGUUCAGUCGGUGGUGGAUAAAAUACAUGAAUAUGUUGCGGAGAUUUUGCAGCCAAAUCCGUUUUAACCUCUAGUAAUGCAGCCGAUGCAACACAGAUAAGAAAUUUCUUGCCGUAUUUGCAGCAACAGUGCUUGGAAGGGAAAAAUAUAUUCGUAAUAGGCCUCCAUUAUAACAACCUGUUGCUUUUGACUGAAUCAGGUGGCACAACAUCAGUCCAUUUUGUGCAGAAGAAGAAUCAAAAGACUCAUCAUAUGCUUCCUUUUAUGGGAACACGAACAGAGACUGAUAAAGAAAACCUGAGUUAACAAAGAAAGUCGAUAAUCAUGUGAAACUUUCUUCACAUUACAACCCUCAGCUCAGUUAAUCCAGUGGAUGGUUGGAUUUUUAUAUUGAUUCAGAGUGAACACAGACAACUGCAUGGUCUGUAUUAAACUAGAGGAAUGUCAAGAAAAAAACAGACCGAAUCAUGUACACUGAACAUUUGUGUUGGAAUUUAUUUGAGUGUAUAUGUUUGUGAAUACAUGGUCAAAUUUCUUGAAAAGUGAAUGUACACGACUAUGUUUCAAUGCACUAUUACACAAAAAAAGCAAGUGUUACAGAAAUGUACAUUUUUUUUAAAAACUGUGAAGCUUUGUGCCAUAAUAAAUAACCAAUAUCAAA